AUGUUGAUUUCCGGUUAUAAAUUUCUCAAAAAAAAAUAUGACUUGAAAUACAAGCGUAUCUCUGUUCAAGAGACAGCCGAAACAUCAUGUCCUCAUCGACAACAAGCAUCUGCCACAUCCCCAGAAACUGCCGAUUCCGCCGCCAAAGAGACCGUCGUCGUCGCCAAUGCCAACGAGAUUUGCCCAAUAUGCAAGCAGGAGGAACACGACGCCACCGUCUACCGAUGGAAGCUGAUCGGUGGCCUGUUGCUGCCAUAUACCCUAGCCUCGUUGGAUUUGACUAUUGUGGCGUCUUCGUUGCCGUUUAUUGCCUCGUAUUUCGAUAAAUUCGACCAGCUCAACUGGAUCGUCACUGCAUAUACCUUGACCUCAACCGCGUUCAUACCGACAUUCGGCCAAAUAGCGGAUAUCUUUGGGCGGCAUGCGGCUCUGCAGCUGUCCAUGGGCUUUAUGCUCGUUGGUAGUACGCUGGCUGCGGCCGCGCAGUCCUGGGGUAUGCUGCUUCUAGGCCGUGCUCUGCAGGGUACAAGUGCUGCGGGGAUCAUGAGUAUUAUCAUGAUUGUGCUUGCGGAUAAGGUUUCGCUGAAGGAGAAUGCGAAGAAUAGUACUAUUUUUACAAUGGUGUCUAGCAUUGGUUAUUCGGUGGGGCCGGUUAUUGGAGGUUACUUGACAAAUGCUAAUUGGAGAUAUGUGUUUGUCGUCUCCAUUCCGAUCGCCUUUCUUUCGCACUUCACCAUCUACUUCCUCCUCUACAAGGAACUCUUACCGGGUACGCAUUUUCGCAAGGGAUCCAGAUGGUCAUCCAUCCUACCGGGUCUAGCCACCUUGGAUAUUGGCGGAACACUGCUAUUCAUUUUCGGCGUGGGUCUCAUCAUCCUCGGCACCGCUUGGGGCGGGUCGACUUACCCUUGGGCAUCGGCCCAGGUGUUGGCACCUAUCGUCGUUGGAAGCAUUUGUUUCGCAUCCUUUUUUGCGUACGAGUACCUGCUUGAGCCAGGUCAACUGCUGGCUAGGGCUUUUCCGCGGCAGGUACCUAUGAUACCCUACAGUCUGUUUUCGAGACUGGAUACGUUGCUCAUUGCCAUCCUUGAUUUUGCGAGUGGUGCUGCCAUGUAUGCCGUUUUCUACUACAUCGGGGUAUACUUUACCCUAGUUGAAGCCUACCCAUCAUCCAAAGCGGGUGUACAACUGCUAUACUACAUCCCAGGCCUUGGAGUUGGCGUAUAUAUGGCCAUUUUAAUGUGCAACGUCUGGCCCGCGCAGACGUUUUUGCCUUUAACCCUGGGCACAAUCGAAGAAACCAUUGGCCUCGCCAUGCUCGCCUGGGCCAUUUCAACCCGCAACACGAGCCUUGUAAAUGGUAUGAUGGUCCUCGCCGGAGCGGGCACGGGCUCUCGCUUCAUGCCCUCGAGUCUGCACAUUGCUGGGGUCUGGCCCGAGAAGAUUGCGCCGGCCAUGUCGCUGAUGAGGUUUGCGCAGCCGUUUGGAGGGACCCUUGCACUGACUAUUAUGGGUGCCGUGUUUAAUAACAAGUGGUCUGGCAGCUCAGCCCUGUCUAACAGCAGCAGCAGUGCUGCUUCUUCUUUUGAUCCUCAUAGUACGGAUAGCCUGGAUAGCGUCUCGGCGCUGCCGCAGAACGUGCAAGAUAUUGUGCGCAACGUUGGGAAAGACGCUAUUAUGUGGGCUUUUAUCGCUAUCCUUCCAAUUCUGGGAAUAAGUCUGGUGACUGGCUUGUUUCUGGGGAAUGUCUGGAUUAAACCCAGCAAGGAGAGUAAAAAGGACGCAGAGAAUGGCGAGCGUGAAGCUGGUACGAGUGAGGUUAUCUACGUGCCGUAUCUGUAUGCACUGUUCAAGGGAAAUGUUAAUUCAUUCAAACGUCUUUCAAAGCCACUGUCCGAGCAGGAGAAGAUGCAGCAAGCUGGAGAGCAGAGAGAUGUCGAGCUGCGUGGACUGUAG